AUGAAAUUCUCCUCUACUCUCCUUGCUGCUACUUUUGCUUGUGCUAUUUUUGCUUCUCCUCUUCCAAGGCCAGCUGCUGAGGCCUUGAUUGUCGAUGCUGAAAGGCGUGCUGAAGAUCCCAUUGUGGCCCAAGAUGAACAAGAAGCUGUUUCUGAUUGGAAAGACCGUCACCCAUGGGACUAUAAUGGCUCGAACUUUACUCACAACGGUACCUUUAACCGUACUCACAACCAUACCCACAAUAGGACUCACUAUGAUCAUUACAAUAAGAGGGAUGUCGAUGGCGUGGGCUACCCAUGGAAGAGCAACCACUCCCAUAUCUUUCCAAAUAUUACCAAUGGAACCAAUGGAACCAAUGGAACCAACGGUACCAAUGGAACCAAUAGUACUAGAUGGUUGAAGUACGCACCACCAACCUAUGUUGGUCAAUUUUAA